AUGGACUCACACAAGCAACUUUUCAUCCUGUUAUGUCUUUCUCUAGUCCUUGUACUUUUUUCAGGGGUGCAAGUUGAGGCCAAGCGUCACAUCAAAUACCAUCCUUCAAAAGAAUUGUUUGUUUUUGGAGACUCAUAUGUUGACACCGGCAACACCCCAAAAAGUAAACCGGGUUCAUGGAAACAACCUUAUGGCAUAACCUUUCCCGGAAAACCUGCCGGAAGAUUUUCCGAUGGCAGAGUCUUAACUGACUUCAUUGCCAAGUAUUUGGGAUUGAGAUCACCAAUUCCCCACAAAUUCAGGAACAUAGUAACUAAGAAUUAUUUGAAGUAUGGAAUGAACUUUGCAUAUGGUGGCACAGGUGUAUUUGAUACAUCAACUUCAGGUCCAAAUAUGACAACUCAAAUCAAUUCCUUCAACCAACUUGUUCAAGAAAAUGUUUAUACUCAAUCAGAUAUCACAAAAUCUAUAGCUUAUGUAUCUGUUGCUGGAAAUGAUUACAAUCAUUACUUGGCCACAAAUGGCUCUAUCCAGGGUUUUCCAUCUUUCAUUGCCUCAGUGGUUAACCAAACCACUACCAAUUUGAUUCAACUCCAAAGGUUAGGGUUUAAGAGAAUUGUUGUUGGUGCUUUACAACCCCUUGGUUGUCUUCCUCAAACUACUGCUCAAAACUCAUUCAAAAGUUGCAAUAGUACAUUCAAUGAUCUUGUAGUUCUCCAUAACAACCUAUUGAACCAAUCUGUGACAAAGUUGAACCAAGAAGCCAAAGGUUACACCACCUUUGUGAUUCUAGAUAUUUUUGAGAGUUUCAGGUCUGUGUUGAAUAACCCUUCGAGCCAUAACAUCAAGGAACGUUUGAAGCCAUGUUGCUUUGGAGUUAGUAGUCAGUAUAAUUGUGGGAGUGUAGAUGAGAAUAAUGUUAAGAAAUAUUUGGUUUGUGAAAAUCCGGAGUCUACUUUCUUUUGGGAUCGGUUGCACCCAACACAGGCUGGUUGGAAUGCUGUGUAUAAUGAGUUGAAGAUUAAAAGUCUUCAUCAAAUUCUAUACUAG